CGAAACAUUCACAGCAUUUUCCUGGGCCAAGUUGGACCGGGACCAGCCAUGACUCGUGCGUGCCACGCAUGGGCGCUGACGCUGUUGGCCCUGAGACUUGUCACAGCCGCCCAGGACGGCAGCGUCUUCACCCCCAUUUUCCUUGAGCGCACCGAGCUGGUGGAUGACAUCAAUUCCUCCAGUAAAUGCAGAGAAGAUUGGGACUGCCCGCUUGACAGCCCUAUGUGCGACAGAGGUCGGUUGCAUUGCAAGGACAUCUGGGAUUUUAAUGCGUCGAAGGGAAACUGCACCUGUGAUGGGUGUAGUAUCCAGGAAAUUGUCAAAGACCCGGAAAGAAACAAUGUCUCCGACUGUGUCUACGAGUGCAAGAUCCGUCCUGACUGCAAGGGUUUUCAAGCGCUCUACACCGAAGAAGAGACAUCAGUUCCAAAGACCUUCCGCUGCAGAUUGUUCAGGAUUGAUGAGCCCAAAGCCAGCGCUUCCACGUUUCUGACGGGCGAUGGCCAAGGAGACCAGUACUGUUUCCACAAAGUUGCCAAUGAGACCCAAUGCGCCGCCCACAUCAGCUGCCUGUCAGCUUCACAAGGCCACUGCUGCCCAGAUAGAAAUGGUGUAAUGUUGUGGUGCUGCAAAUAUUCAAACGGUCAGUUGUACACCAUGCUGGUCACAAUGAUCGCAAUUCUCCUCCUGUGCCUCGUGGUCUCCAUGUACUGCCACUGCAGAGGUUAUGGAAGAUCUCUAACCACUCCAGCCGACGAGCUCCGAGACAACGUGAACUUCCCAGAUGGCAGCACAGAUGUCCGCCCGCAGGCGGUGCCGGCAAGCGACCGCUACAUCAUUGCCUUCGUGAAUACAGGCUCGGGUGACCAAAGAGGUGAUGCCUUCGCAAAGCAACUGGAUGAGUGCAUGGACACUGGCGGCAAGGCCUAUGUGAUGCCUCACAAACUGGACGAGGGGCUCGAGAAGAUCAAGGAGAACAUCCAGGCUGAAAAAGAUUGCGCAGUUCUCGCCUGCGGGGGUGAUGGGACUGUGACCUGGCUUCUGUCAGCACUGCAAACGCUGAAGGUAGACCCGAAGAAGCUCCCGCCUGUGGGAAUCAUCCCCUUGGGCACUGGAAACGACUUGGCCCGCUCGCUGGGCUGGGGUCCUGCUCUCACGGACAACGGAGACAUUGCACGUUAUAUUCGUCGAGCUCAAAUGGCAGAACCAAAAGAAAUCGAUCAAUGGAAACUGACCUUGCAGGUGAAGGGGAACAGUCUGCUUCCUCCGGCCCUGUCGCAUCCCCAAAUCACUGCAGUUGGAUAUUUCACCAACUACUUCUCGGUGGGUUUGGAUGCUCAAACAGCAUAUGGAGUGGGACAGGCAAGAGCCACAUCUCUGGGCAAAGGCUGCUUUCAGUGUCGAUGUUGGCCCUUUAGAUGGCUCCAUGGAGGCUUUCUUUGCUAUUGCUUGAAGGCACCCAACUGCUUGCGUUGUCUCUGUUGCCGCACUCGGCCUCUGGCUGGACGUCGAUGGUGGAAUUUUUUCUUCAGCGAGAAGAAGGAGAUGGAGGUCUUCCUAGAUGGAAAUCGAUACAGCUUUGACCGGAAGGAGAUUCGACAAUUCACCCUGGCAAAUCUCAAUUCCUACGGUGCGGGCAUGCUCUUGUACCCGCUAGAUCAGGUCCACCCCAAUGAUGGGAAACUUGAAGUCUUCACACUCGAGAGCCCUGCUGGCGUUGUUGGAAUGACCUUGAGCAAGAAGAUCUUGAAAGCUCCUUUUGGAAACAUCCCGAUCUUGAAACAGUCGGAAAAGGUGGUGCUGGAGUUGAAGACAGGACAGUACUACCAGAUGGAUGGUGAGCCGUGGCUCCUGAAUAUGCCAUGCACUGCCACGGUGGAAUUGCACAAACGGGUCAAAAUGCUUUGCUGCACUCGUGAAGGGGAUGGAGCAGGUGUGUGGUCCGGAUGUCAGGAUCGAAGCUUCUGGGACCGUGAUAGCGCCCAUCAGAUGGCCAGCAUGGCCUCAAGCAGCGGCAGUCGGUCCUGAUCCGACGUGUGAAACCACCUGUGGAACAGGAAACGGGAGCACUUGGCAC